AUGUUGAAUAAAACAUUUCAAAUAGUAUCGAAUAAUAAAAAUUGCACGAGUAUUAUCGAAUUUACAUUUCGUAAUUUCCUUAUUGGUACUUGCUUUAUUAUUAUUUUUUGUCUAUCAGUAUUGGGUAAUUCUAUUGUGAUUGGAAUGAUUGCAAAAUUACGACGGCGAAGUAUUCGUUCAAUAACGAAUAUCUAUCUUCUUAAUUUGGCUAUUGCUGAUCUUAUGCGAUCGGUGAUGUGUAUGCCGACAACUUUAUUAAGCGAACUUUCUCGAUGCUGGCUUCUUGGUCCUUUAUUAUGUAAAUUAGCCGCUUACCUUCAGCCUGUUGCUGUAUCAGCUUCUGCUUAUACGCUUGCUGUUAUUGCUGUUGAACGCUUUUAUGCAAUAUGCCGGCCAUUACAAUCAAGAAAAUGGCAGUCUAAACGACGAGCACUUGCAAUGAUCGCUCUCGUUUGGAUUAUUUCAUUUAUUUCAAAUAUUUUAUCAUUAUUUUUUUAUAAAGCAUCGCCAUAUAAAAGUGCUUGGAAUUGUCGUUCAGUUGUAUCACCAUUAGUUGAUUUUAUUUAUCAACUUUAUUUAACAUUUAUUCUUCUCUUAAUUCCAUUGACUAUUAUGGUAGUUUUAUAUGGCAACGUUAUUGCAACAUUAAAAACAGCUAUUUAUUUGGAUUGUGACAAAGCUAUUACUGUAAAAAACUUCGAUGACAAUAAUUUAGAUGCGUUAAUUGCUAAGAAGAGAGUCACUCGAAUGCUUAUCAUAUUAGUGAUAGCGUUUUUGAUAUGUUGGACACCAAGUUUUAUAUGGUGGUUACUUAUUAAAACUACUGAUUUAUUAGAGGCUUAUCAUGUAUAUAAUGAUUCAAUGAAUACAAUAUUGACUCUUCUUACUUAUAUAAGUACUUGUACGAAUCCGAUAACUUACUGCUUUAUGAACGAAGGCUUUCGUGACAAUGUUUUUGCGCAUUAUUUAUGUUGUUCGUCAGUUUAUGAAAAACAUAAACGCAAUAGAAGUACAUGUGAGUCGCCAUCAUCACCCGGAUUUUUGAGCAGGUUUAUUCCUGUGGGGAAUCGAACUCCAGUAUCGGUGCUCUGA